AUGAUACUUCUAUCUUUGGUAAGUCUAACGGCUGCGUUGUUAAUCAACGUUGAUGCAGCAUCUAAACCAUUAUCAAUGGUAGAUGUUUUCAACUAUAUGACCAUUGCUGGCAAUGGUGGUAAUGGUAUGAUGAAGAAUCUAUUAAAGUAUAUGCCGAAUUGGGGCAUCAAAGACAACAUGAAUUUCGACCCAAUCAACACCCUAUUCCCAAAGACCGGAAAACACCACAUGUUGUGUGAGGCAAUCACUGAACCAUGUUUCAGCUACGAUCGAUCAUCUCCCAUUGGACCUUAUUGUUGGGGUACAAUAAAUGGUCACAAUACACAUUGCUGUGAUGCCAGUGGAUCAUUCCAGUCACCAAUAAGUAUCCCAAGACCUCAAAGAACUAUGUACACACAUAAGAGACUCCGUUAUCUGAACUCAAGUAUUACUGGCAAGGUCGAAAAUAUCGGUGUUUAUCCUGAAUUCUUUUCAACUGGGGGUCAUCCUGUGAUGUUAGAGGGAGUACCUGGAACUGAUGCUGGAUACAUCUUUGAUAACGUUCAUAUCCAUUCUGGGGUACGUGGUGCCUAUCGCCAGACUGAAAAUCUGCUUUAUGGAAGAUCGUUUCAUGCAGAGGCGCACAUUGUCCACCAUCAUUCAGAUUUCGCAGAUGUAGCUGAUGCCAGUAAACAUGUAGGCGGUAUUGCUGUUGUCUCUAUAUUUCUUACCAAUGAUAAACAAAGAUAUAAUCCCACAACAAACAGGGCUCUGGAUACAAUUUUAAAUCAUCUAAAAGACUUGAUAGAAUUCACUGAAGAAGAACAUGUGUGUAGGGCCGAAAAUCGAAGAAUAAAACGAACUGGCAUAUAUAGUAAACUGGGUGUAGAAAGAGCAUGUCGUGAAAACAAUCCGAAUUACGACGCUGAUUCACCUGAUGGAGAUCCUAGCAACAAAUGUCAACUACACAAAAAGGCUCGCGGAUGUGGAGAUCCCAUCGAAAAUGUUACGUUUAAUCCAAAUGAUUUGCUAUCAUCCAUACCAACAUAUUUAACGUUCGAGGGAGGAUUAACUACACCACCUUGUUCAGAAUCUGUCAUCUGGAUUGUUGCCGAACACCCAGCAUAUAUAUCUAAUAAAAAUAUUGAAUACAUGAAUAAAUUAAAAUCAAGAAUAGUUAAUCAGACAAUAUCUGAUUUUGGUAAUCUACGUCCUUUACAUGAUCCAGCUGAGAGGGAUGUAUUCAGGAUCAUUUACGGAAGGUAUCCACCCCGUCGUGAAGAGGAUGAUGAAAGGGGAGAUGGAAGACACGAUCUCAGGGAUGAUGAUGAUAAUUAUGACGAUGAUGAUUACUACAAUGACGAUUACUCUAAUGAUGAUUACUAUGAUGACGAUUACUAUUAUGACGAUUAUGAUGAUGAUACCGACGACGACCAUAAAGAUGACGGAAGGAGAGAUAGAGGUGGUGGGGAUGACAAAGGAGGGCGGGGUAAGGGAGACGAUCGAGGAGGAAGAGAUAAUGGAGACAAUCGUACAGGAAGGGGAAAUCGUAACGAUCGAGGACGAAGAGGCAAUGGAGACGAUUCUGGAGGUAGGGGAAAUGGGAACAACCGUGACGGAAGAGGCAAUGGAGACAGUCGUGAUAGGAAUAAUGGGAACGGAAAUGGAAGGGAAAAUGGGGGUGUGAGAGGCAAUGGGAAUGACCGAGAUGGGAGGAGAGACAAUGGUAACGGUGGAGAUAAUGGAACACGGAGAGGCAAUGGAGACGACCGAGGAGGAAGAAGAAAUGAAGACCGCGGCGAGAAUCGAAGAGGAAAGGAUGAUCAGGAAAGAGAGAGUGAAGACGGUCGACGUAGGAGAAGACGUUUUAAUGGCAGAAGACGAAGAAGAGGUAGAGGGGAUGAUAAAGGCGACGACAAUUAAUUUAAUGAAAAGAAUAAGCAUUACAUCGUAAAUUUGACUGAUAUCCUUGGCAGCAUUGAUUUGUCGUGUAGUGCAUAUUUUUUCUGAAAUAGUAUAACCCACUAUAUUGUUAAUGGGGUGGCUUAAGGGUUAAUUAAUUUUAAUAUUCUAUUACUCAUUUGAUAAAACAACAAUAUAAACAAUAUUUUAACAGGGCAAUUUCUUUGUAUUUAAUUAAAAAGAACAGUCCGUUGGGGUAGAAUAAAAAUAAC